AUGUUCGACGAGGGAGCCAAUGCUACGUUCAUUUCUGCGAAAUUCGCUCGUGAACUUUCUGUCACAGUUACUAAGAAGGAAAAUAUUAACCUUGCGACAUUUGGUGACAAUGCUACUGAACAAAGAGAAGUAGAAUACACGGACAUUAUCGCCCACGAAUUGGAUGGUAAUAUGUCUACUAUCAAUGCCAUGAUUGCUCCUGUCAUCACAACCAGAGUCGCGGAUCAAAUAUCUGCAAAAGUACGCAAUGCUGAACACUUGCAGGGUUUAAAGUUAGCCCACCCGAUGACAACCACAUGUCGUAUGGAUAUCGACUUACUCAUUGGAGCCGACCAAUACUGGAAUUACGUAGGGGAUCACACCGUGCGUGGUCAACUUGGACCUAUAGCCGUCUCAUCGAAAUUCGGAUAUUUGCUCUCUGGACCAAUCGGACAAUAUAGAAACAACCCCGACUUCAAAGUCAACAUGAUGCACGCCGAGGCGACACCAACCGAAACGGAACCUCCGAUCCAUAACCUAUGGGAUUUAGAAGCCAUUGGAUUCACUAAUCCAGAAAUCGACGAAACGCAGUUGACAUUCGAGUCUUACUGUAAAACACAUUUAAAAGUCGAAAAUGGAAAAUAUACCGCAAAGUUACCGUGGAAGGAAGACCACGAAUCUUUACCCACUAACUUGAAUAUUACUGUUAAGCGGACACGUGCUAUGAUCCGCCGACUCGCGCCGGAUGUUAUUAAGAAAUACGAUGACAUUUUAACAGACCAAAGACGUCGUGAUUUCAUCGAAGAGGUCGAUGAAGAUGACCCGCUAAUCGGACAUUAUAUACCUCACCAUGGUGUGAAGAAAGAUUCCGUGACAACACCGAUACGAGUUGUUUACGACUGUUCAUGUAAACAAGGUGCAGACUACCCCAGUUUGAAUGAAUGUCUUCAAGCUGGACCAUCGCUCAUUAACGACUUGCCGGCCAUUUUAUUGAGGUUUCGUGGCAACCGGAUUGCUUUAACAAGUGACAUUGAAAAGGCCUUCUUAAACGUGAGGCUCGAUAUAGACGACAGGAAAUUUACUAAGUUUUUAUGGUUAACCGACGUUAAUGACCCGAAUUCCGAUUUCAAAGUACAUGUAUAUCGCUUCAAGAUUGUACUAUUUGGAGCCGUUUGCUCGCCUUUUAUUCUUAAUUCGGUAAUUAAGACACAUCUCGAGAACAAUAACAAUAUACCUACCGCGCUGAACAUGAGUAAUAAUAUUUAUGUUGAUGAUGUUAUUGAUGGCACUGAUACAGAAGAAAGCGCAGUCACGUACUUCAAGGAAGCCAAUAAGUUAAUGGAUUCCGGCGGUUUUAAAUUACGUGCAUGGUCCUCAAACAAUCAACAAGUUAUGGAUCUCGCCGAAAAGGAUAACAUACAUGAGCCAUCUAAGAAUGUAUCUAUUCUAGGAAUACGGUGGAAAAUCGACGGAGAUGAGCUGACAUACAAUAAGGCGGUUAAACCAAUAUUAACAGAACUCGUCACAAAACGAGAUGUGGUGAGCUACGCAUCGUCACUAUAUGAUCCAAUAGGAUAUUUAUCACCUGUGCUCAUCAAAGCUAUGCUUUUUAUACAGCUUUUAUGGAAAUUAGGUUUCUCCUGGGAUGAGCCACUUACCACCGAACUUACCACACAAUGGAUCAAAAUAGCAGAGAAUAUGAGAGAAACACGGAACAUUACUGUGAAACGUCAAUAUUUCACAGAAAAUGAUCCACAAUCUAAAGUUGAUGUUCACGCCUUUGCCGACGCGAGCUCUGUGGGAUAUGGAGCGAUUGUUUACAUAACAAACCAACGUGAAACUGCCUUUGUGACGGCGAAGACCCGCGUCGCCCCCAUGACUGAAACCACACUUCCAAGAUUGGAAUUAAUGGCCGCUUUAAUGGCAUCCAGACUUACUAAGUUUGUCAUCACAGCACUGUCAGGCAAAUUCAACAUUAACAAUUGUUACUUGUGGUCUGACAGCCAAAUUGUACUUCAUUGGUUAAACAGUGAUAAGAAGUUACCUAUAUUCGUACGAAAUCGUGUUAAGGAGAUCAAAGAAUUCUCACAUAUCUACAAAUAUGUGCCGACAUUGGAUAACCCUGCUGACUUACUAACACGGGGAAUUACAUGUGCUGAAUUGAUCAACUCCAAUAUAUGGUGGAAUGGGCCAUUAUGGUUGAACACUCCUAAUGAGUGGCCCACUUGUGAAAUGUUCGAUAUCACAAUAUUACAUGCAGUGCUCGAGAGAGAAAACCGUGACUUACUGAGUGAUUCUGCGUUCACUGAAACCGAAACUAACAUUUCCCGCCAACGAGAAAUAGUUAUGGAUAAUGACUAUAAUAAGGAAAUCGAAUCUCAAGAAAUCGGUUUACACACAGUUAUUGACAUUUCCAGGUACAACUCAAUCGACAAAUUACUACGUGUAACCGCAUACGUAAUGCGAUUCAUUUCCCGCGUAAAGAAGGCUGACACAAUUAACACUGGAUUAAUAACCGCCGAUGAGUUAAAACGAGCCGAACACGUGUGGAUUUUAAACGUUCAACAACAGGAAUUCAGAGAUACAAUUCAUGAAUUGAAAACAAAACACACCAAACUAGGACCUAUUGUACAACAACUCGGUCUAUUUAUAGACGAAGAAGACGUCCUUCGAUGCGGAAGUCGGAUCCAUAACGCACCCAUUGAAUUUGUAACGAAAUUUCCGACAUUACUACCUUCUAAUCACGAACUGACUAAGUUAAUCGUUUUGAAGGCGCAUUCAUUGAUUUUGCACGGAGGAGUCCAAUCCACUGUGACUCAAACUCGCCAACAAUACUGGAUUCCGCGAAUUCGACAAAUUGUACGCAGUAUUCUUCGUGGUUGUGUAACAUGCCGACGAGUUGAAGGGAAAGCAUACGCCAAUCCUGUACAAGCUCCACUGCCAAGCUAUCGUGUGAAUAAAUUGCCUGCUUUCACAAUCACCGGCGUGGACUUUACUGGUUUUUUACUGACCAAGGCUCCUGAUGGGACACGUGGCAAAGCUUACGUCUGCCUCUUCACUUGUGCGGUGACACGCGCCAUACAUCUCGAGCUGGUGCCCGAUUUGUCGACCCGUACAUUUCUACAUGCUUUUCGCCGAUUCGCCGCGAGACGGUCUCUACCAAGCCGGAUGCUUUCAGACAACGCAUCGACCUACCUAUACCUGUCCGCUGCCGAGGAGAUUCAUGCUCUCGUCGAUACACCGGAAAUACGCGAAUACUUGGCCACACAUCGAGUACAGUGGACAUUUAUACCCAAGAGAGCUCCCUGGUUUGGCGGAUUUUGGGAGAGACUCAUCGGACUGACCAAAAACGCAAUUAAAAAGACGUUAGGUCGCUCUCUAAUUAGUUUUGACGAACUUUCCACAGUUGUAACGGAAAUUGAAACCGUACUAAAUGACCGCCCAUUAACGUAUGUAUCGUCAAACUUGGAUGACAAUGUUGGUCUGACACCGAACCAUUUACUACACGGACGACAAGUCACAGCACAACCGUAUAUAAAAGUGUCUGAUGAAGAAAUCUACGACCCGUCCUACACUCAACACGAGGAAAUUAACGACCGUUACAAACACUUGUCUCGCCUCCAUGUACAGUUCUGGACACGCUGGUCAACAGAAUAUUUGACGGCACUCCGUGAAAGACACACAACGUCUGGAAGUAAACACAACACUAUACGAGUUGGCGAGGUUGUAAUAAUUCACAGUGACACUGAAAAGAGACUCAAUUGGCAACUUGGCACAGUUACCAAACUUAUAUACGGGAACGAUAAACUUGUUCGUUCAGCAGAAGUUGCUACCCCGCUAAACAACUUGGCAUGA